GGUGGGUUAGGCCCAAGCCCAGGCCCAUUCAGAGAGAGGUAAAUACAGUGAGUGAGGUGUGAGAGAAAGAGAACAAGAGAGAGAGAGAGAGAGAUCUGAAGGAAGAAGAAGAAUCAUCAUCAUCAUCGAAAAUGGGUGGAGGAAUGGAAGCAAAGAAAAACAAAUACAUUGAAGAUUGGGGAACUGCUAGAGAGAAUCUUGAACACAAUUUCCGUUGGAGUCGUCGCAAUCUUCUUCUCGUUGGUAUCUUCGGUAUCGCUCUUCCUGUUCUCGUCUACAAAGGCAUCGUCAAAGAAUUCCAUAUGCAAGAUGAAGACAAUGGCCGACCAUACAGGAAGUUCAAGCCUUAAGUAAGUAAGAUGUUUUGUAAUAAGCCGGGGUUAUGAAAGUUAGACCUUAAUACGAGGCUACAACAUGUAUUUUUUCUUAACCCACCAAGGGUUGUUUGUUUAUGUAGUUUGGUUCUAUCAAACCACUCCAUGUUUGGCUGUCUUCGUUGAUAUUUCUGUGAUUUUAAAUUGCAACCAUGGUUCAAAAUUAAUAAUAUAUAUGGAAAGCAAAUGCAUGAGUUUGAGAAUUUGCUAGGUGAAAA